AUGGCUAUCACUCUUAUUUGUCUGAGGCUGACACUGGGUUUGUUUGAACUAAACUCAGCUCCUGCCUUGAAUGUUUGUGGGGCUCAUUUGAAAGAACGUGCUGGGUGUACAGAGGUUAAGGCUGUUGCUGGGGUCAAUACUGAGUCUGUGAAAUGUAAGCUGCAGGGUACUGCUCAUCUACCUGCAUUUUCAAUGGAAGGCAACUACGUUAUUGGAGGUGUUUUCUCCAUACACGAAUACUUGCCUGCAGUGAGACAUAACUACACCACCAAGCCUGAGCCAUUCAGAUUGCGGCUCAUUGAAUCCCGUGAGCUGCGCUUCUCACGUGUAAUGGUCUUUGCCAUUGAGGAGAUUAACAACAGUACAAAGCUGCUGCCAGGUAUAAGGCUCGGUUAUCAGAUCCAUGAUUCAUGCGCCGCAGUGCCCGUGGCAGUGCAUGUGGCAUUUCAGCUUUCUAAUGGCCUGGACCCUGUGUUUUAUACCAGUAAUAAUUGUUCUAAAUCUGGUAUGGUGAUGGCUGUUGUUGGUGAGUCUGGUUCCACACCAUCCAUCAGCAUUUCACACAUCAUCGGGUCCUUUAAUAUUCCUCUAGUGAGUCACUUUGCCACUUGUGCAUGCCUAUCUGAUAAGCGUCAGUACCCGAGCUUUUUCAGAACAAUCCCCAGUGAUCGGUUCCAGGCUGCGGCACUGGCCAAACUGGUGAAACACUUUGGAUGGACUUGGAUAGGUGCUCCCACAAAAGGGGCAGCCUCUCCAGUUCUGACUGAGUUCUGGGAGGAUGCAUUCAACUGCAGGCUGGAAAAAGACAGGAGGGUGUGUGAUGGAAGUGAAGACAUACAGAAACUCCAGAACCCGUACACUGACACAUCUCAGCUCCGAAUCUCUAACAUGGUGUACAAGGCUGUUUAUGCAAUAGCACAUGCCAUUCAUAACACAGUGUGUCAGGAGACUAAUUCUACAACUCAGUGUGACAAACUCACCAGGAUCGAGCCCAAACAGGUUCUUACUCAGUUGAAGAAAGUAAAUUUUUCCCAAAAUGGUUAUCAUGUGUCAUUUGAUUCCAGUGGAGAUCCUGUGGCCACAUAUGAGCUGGUUAACUGGCAGAAAAGUGAGAGGGGCAGCAUUGUGUUGGUGACCGUAGGGUAUUAUGAUGCACCACUGCCACUGGGCGAGGAUUCAUCAUGGCAUCUCAUGGCAAUUAACUCUGAGGAUCUGAAAAAACGAAUUGUUGCUCUGCAUAAAGAUGGCCUAGGCUAUAAGAAGAUUGCCAAGACCCUGAAACUGAGCUGCAACACGGUGGCCAAAACCAUACAGCGUUUUAACAGGACAGGUUCCACUCAGAACAGGCCUCGCCAUGGUCGACCAAAGAAGUUGAGUGCCUGUGCUCAGCAUCAUAUCCAGAGGUUGGCUUUGGGAAAUAGACGUAUGAGUGCUGCCAACAUUGCUGCAAAGGUUGAAGGGGUGGGGGGGUCAGCCUGUUAG